GGUUCAAUCCCCCCUACAAAAACAAAACAAACAAAAAAACACCAAGUCUAGCCAAUUUUUAUCGCAUCCACUGCCUUUCCUGGAUUACUACCAGCAGCUACCAUGCAUUCAUACAGUCUGUUCUCAAACCAGCAGCCAGAGUGACUGAGAUUAAAAGACAAAACUAGAUCAUGACCCUUCCCUGCCAUAAAAGGCUUCCCAUGUCAGAGUAAAAGUCCUUUAGAAAGAUUAUUCAACCCUAUAGGAUAGGCCCACAUAACUUCUCUGACCUGUUCUCAUUUGUUCAUUUGACUUCAGCCUUGUAGGUUGGCCUCCUUACUGUUUUUUUGUUUGUUUUGUUUCAGAGCCUUUGGAGCUGCCCUGUCCCCUACCUAGAACUCUUGGCUCACAAACCUGCUUUGAUUCCUACCUGUAAAUAUCACUUAAUGAAGCCUUCCCUAGACAUCCUAUUUAAAAUUACAACACACUCUGUUCUUUCCUGUCUUACAUUUUUUUUUUUCCUGGCAGCACCUAAAAGAUGCCUCCGUAGAUUGUGGUCCUUUGUUUAGGGCUGUAUCUCUAACACCCACAACAAUAUCUAGCACUUAAUAGUCACUCAGUAAAUAUAAAUGAAUCUUACAUUUGGCAGAGAUGACAAGAGCACUUUUGAAGAAACAUGUCCAUACUGUUUCCAGCUGUUGGUUCUGGAUAAUUCUAGAGUGCGUCUCAAACCCAAGGCCAAAUUGACACCCAGAAUACAGAAACUUCUUAAUCGAGAAGCAAGAAAUAAUACGCUCAGUUUUAAAGAAGCAAAAAUAGUCAAAAAGUAUAAAGACUCCAAAAGUGUAUUGUUGAUUACUUGUAAAACAUGCAACAGAACGGUUAAACAUCAUGGUAAAAGUAGAAGCUUUCUGUCCACAUUGAAGAGCAGUCAUACCACUCCUACAAGCAAACUCAGCCCUAAGAGACCAGAGAGACAGUCUCCAAGUUUUGCAAACUUCACUCCUAAUAUGCCUGGCUCCAAAGGCAAGAGCCCAGCAUUGAUUUUCAGAACACCUACAUCUGGACAAUCAACACCCAUUUGCUCCUCAAGGAGUGUGAAAAAAGGAAAGAAACACUUCUCUCAACUAAAAAUGUUGCUUAGUCAGAAUGAAUCCCAAAAAAAUUCAAAGGUAGAUUUCAGAAAUUUCUUAUCCUCUCUAUGAAGUCUUUUGGACUUUGAAAAUAAGAAAUUUUUCUAGUACAAUUUCUAAUUAAUAAUAUGAAAAGUUUUUUUUUAAUUUAUUUAUUCUUUGAAUACAUGGAAAUUAUGCAGACUUUUCUUGGCAUUCUUCAGUGUAAUAGGGAAAACGUCUCAUUAGAGUGAAUAACCAAAACAUCACAGGUGACCAUUGAGGAUCAAAAAAUACAUGAAAGUUCUUGUAAAUAGUAAGGAUAUAUGUGGACAUUGAAUGAUAGUAUUUUUUUCCUCCUUUAGUUUUAACAGUUUUCAUUAUGUCAUUUUCUUUCAAAAUAAAAUUGAGAGCUUAA